UUUAGUUAGAUGUAUACAUAAUAGACCGUGCUUUCAAGGCAUUUUGGUAUGUAUUGAAGUUAACUGUGAAUAUAGACACACCAAGCUACAUUUAACCCACACCUAUAUGCAUGGCCACUUCAUAUAAAACAUUCCUAGUGAAUUGCUCCAUUCAGAAAAGACCCUCCUAUGUCUUGGACAAUUCUGGUCACUACAACCUUCCACUCUUCCUUGCCUUUAAGCCACUCAAGAAAGUUCUGCUUGAAGUCCCCUUGCAAAUUGAUGAAGUUCACAAAACCAUGGCAAACACUGCAGCUAUAUUACUUGACGCUUUUGUAGAUUCAUUCUUUGAAUUUCUUGACCAACCACUGCUUCCAUCUCAGAGUAACUUUGCUCCAGUGGUGGAGUUAGGUGAAGCUAUAGUCGUGACAAGCAUCCAAGGACAAAUUCCAGAUGAUUUUCCCGAGGGUGUCUAUAUUAUAAACGGUGGGAUUCCUUUGAAAUUUUUAUUAACGCAACAUCAUUUCUAGUAUAUAUGAUAAUAUAAAUAAACUCCUUGUGUGAGUUACAUCUUAAGCACUUAACUACUUGUCCUUCCUUGUGGAUCACUUAUAAAUGCCAUUUCUCCAUUGCUGAGGAACAAAAAUGCGAAUUUUACAUUGCUUUCAGUGCUUGUAUUGAAAUUCUAAUAUAAUAUUUUGAGGAGAAAACAGUGAAAACGAUGCAAGUCACAGUGGCAGGCUCCACGUUACAAAAAAUAUAAAAGGGUAAAAUAUGUUUUUGCUUUUUUCUAAAUAUUCUAAUGUGAUUUUAGUUUUUGUAAAAUAUUUUGUUGAUCCCUCUAAUUUUUAAAUGCAUCACUUUUAAUCCUGAAAUGCCAACUAUACUACUUAGUCCUUUAUGAAGCGGUAAAUCAUUCAGAGGACUAAAAGUGACACAUUCAAAAUUAAAUGACAAAAAAUAAUUUUUUUUUUAAAAAAAGACUAAA